AUGGGCACGACAGGGUGUGCAGCUGUUAAAGAAAGUGUUUGCAAACACAACGCCCAAGUUGUCAUCGUUUGUCAUGACACAUUUAUACGAACAAAUAUCUCGUCGGUUCCUUUGGAUGGCUUCACCCGCGUGCAAUCCAAAGAAACCAUGUUCGAAGUGUUGUGCCAAACCUUUCGAGAACUUGGUCAGUUUCCUGCUCUCAAUGAAGAGUCACCGUUGAGGCUGCUGAUGCAGGAUGACAUGCAGCUUCCAAGCCCUCUGCGGCUGAAACUGUCGCUGGAGCGGAGUAUUGAAGCUAUGGGCAGGGAGGUGAGGCAGGGAGAAGUCUUGAAUGAGAAGUUAAGGUCCUUGGUGGUCAGCAUUUUGAAGGACAAACAAUUCGACGAGGUUUUUACAACAGUCCCACCUUCUAUGCGUAGUUCCUUUGCCCGUUGGAUGGAUGCACAAGUUGGAGAUCCAGGCAGCAACCCGGACGUUGCAGCGAUGUUUCGAGCAGCGAACAGUUACACACCGUCACCAGUGGAACCACUUUUCGAGGAACUCACAGCACACGAUGAUCCCCAAUAUCGGCCAUUUUAUGAGGAACAACGGAAGGGGCUACAUCGCAUGCGCCGCCAGUGGCUCGACCUCGAGAAGGGAACGCAUCCAUUUUGGUUGUUCCACCCCUGGUUGCUUCUUCGUGGUCAGCAGGAACAAGGUCAGUUUGUGGAAUUUUUGCAGGCCGGGUUGCAGCUACAGCUCUUCACAAAACUUGAAAGCCCAGGAAGCAUGACUGUCGUGAAGGAGAUGGCAUUCGCAAUGUCCGGACCCGCUUAUUUCCAAUUUGACAAUGACUCGAGCGCAACUGAUGUGAUGAAUGUCCUUGCUGCUCGUCGUGAUCUCAUGGCAAAAUUAGAGCAGGCAGUUGGCGAUGUAUAUUGGCUUGAACUUUGCGAUGAUGGGAAAAUGUGGAAGCCGGGACAAGGGAAUGAGCCGCAGCUGGCUCCCGCUAGCAGCGGAUGGUGGCAGACAGACAAUCAUUCUCAGCCUGUGGUGGGGCCCGGUCCAAGCAAAAGCGCUAAGCUUUGA